AUGGCAUCCUACUGCUGUUUUAGGAUAUCAAGGACACGUUUGCCAAGCUUUACUGUACCACGAUAUCGGUUGAUAACGCUCCAAGACAUGCUUUGCCUGAUUCUUCGUCCAGAAGGUGAAGUGGUUGCCAUCGAGGGCACUGGCGGCUUGGGAAAGACAUGGGCGGCAAAAGCGGCAUUUGAAACCGCAAGGAACUCUAAUCGCUUUGAUACAUAUAUCUGGGUUUCAUUGUCUACAAGCUGUAGUCUGAGACGGUGCACUGAGAAGAUUGCCACAUGUCUUUCGAUUGACAUUGGUGAAGAACUGUUAUCAUCGAGAAUUAGGGUAAUGAUCAAGGAACGUCUCAUGAGACGGAAGUUCUUGUUGGUUCUCGACAAUGCUUAUUUUGUCGAGGAAAACAUCUUAGGGAAAUUGGGGAUUCCAUGUCCUCGAGAGCAGAGUUUAGGUUCAAAGGUCAUUGUGACCACAAGAACCGGGAGGACAGUGUCAGUCAUGGAUCCAGCUAUACUUAUAUCGCCACAACCUCUCACAGAUCAGGCCUCAUAUGACCUACUGCGCGAGAAGAUCGGCAGAGAUAUUGAUCUGCAGUUAAUUGACAACUGCUUUGGCAUGCCAUUGUCGAUCAUCUUACUGGCUGGGGCACUGUGUGAUAUACCUACACAAGAGUCGAGCAAGUUAAUAAGUGAAGCUUAUGUGGCUCUAAGACCCAAGAUAUCAGUGUUCACCACAAUGAUUCGCCUUGUAAAGUUUUCUUACCAUCGGCUUCCUAGUGAUACUGCCAGGCGCUGCUUCCUGUACUGCCUACUCUUCCCUGACGAUGAAGCAAUCACUGUCAAGGACCUGAUCAUUUUAUGGAAGCUGGAUGGUAUCAUUCAAGAAGCUAGAGAUUCUCAUGAGGCUAACUGUUAUGGGGAGGAAAUUCUCCAUGUGCUUUUAAAGCAUGGUUUGAUUCAUUUUGAGGGUGACCAUCAUAUCCGCAUCCAUGAUGUCAUCAGAGAGACGGUAUCACAAGUUGGACGUGAGAAUGGCUAUGUGGAGCAGCCUGAAAAGUACUUUGACAAUGACAUUCCAUUUGAGUAUCUUCUUGCCAAGUUCGGUGGAAGGAUUUCCUUGAUGAACACAGUGAAGGAAGAACUCCGUGCAAGUCCAAGUCAUGAGUUCUUCUCAACUUCAACCCUGCUUUUAAGAGGGAACCGCCAUAUGAGAACCAUAUCGGAAGAAUUUUUCUGCCGUGUGGGAAUGCUUAGAGUGCUAGAUCUGUCCUUCACUCCAAUCAGAAUCCUUCCCCAGUCCAUUUCUCGUCUGUUUCACCUCCGGUUGCUGCUACUGGCUGGAUGUGGACACCUGGAGAGAAUUCAGCACAUAGGCUCGCUGGAGAUGCUGGAGGCACUUAGUGCAUCAGGUUGUGGCUCCCUAAAAAGGGUAGAAUGCGGAUCAUUUGACCGUAUGGGGUUGCUCAAGAUCCUCGACCUUUCGAGAACUUCUAUCGAAUGCUUGCCAUCCCUGGCUGCGUCUGUGGAGCUUAACCAGCUUCUGCUACAAGAUUGCGCAUUUCUCAAGUCUGAGCGAACUAUGGAAACAGACCACAAGUCCUGUGAUACAGAAUUUAUCAGGUUCCCUUAUGGAGUUUCAAAGAAAGGUGCUGUCAGUAACCUACAGAUAGGGACAAGUAAGGAUCUGGUGAAUUGGAUGGCCAUGCUUUGGUUACCUUGUGGACUGAAUUUUGAAUUUUCUGACAGAUUUGGUAUGAGGGUCUCUCAAGAUGUAAACCAGGACAGAAAAACAUACAUUUAUGCAAGCCAUGCCAAGUUCGUUCAGUCUUUGCAUAAAGACUCUCCACUGUGGUCAAACUGCCUUCGGAAGUUUCACAUAGUUAUCUCCCCUUUAAAGUACGAUCAAACCAUGGACAAUAGCUUUGGAGUAUGGAGAACAAAAUUCUCUGCGCUGGACGUGCAGUCCGGUGAUUUCGAUAGGGUUUUGGAGAUAAACUGUGCCGGAGUUGCUAAUGAUCUUGAAGGGGUUCUUGGAAACGCUGAGCUAAUAUCGUUGAAAAAUAUAACAGCGACAAAUCUGGUAUGGACCCUGAAUACUAGAACACUGACAGCAGCAGCACGAGAACUUUGGGUAGAAGACUGUCACCAACUGGAGAACCUCUUCUCACCGGAAGAAGCGCCUACAGUGGGCAACUUGCAGAAUAUAUGGAUCUCCAACAUGGACAAUCUAGCAUACUUCUGCCGAGUGACGGUGGAAGAUUUGACCAGUUUCAGUUGUCUGAUGCACUUGCUCCUCGAUUGCUGUCCAAAACUGAACUUCCUCUUUCCUUCAUCCCUGCGCCUGCCGAAUCUUCGUAGCCUACAAAUAAGGUUCUGUGACAGCUUGGAGAGAGUGUUCUACGAAUCGGUUGCCGCGGAACAUGCUCUUCCGGGGCUACAGUCACUCCAGCUGUGGGAGCUUCCAGAGCUUAUCUGCAUCUGCGGAGGGGUCCUGCCGUCUCUCAAGGACUUGAAGGUGAAGGGCUGUGGGAAACUUAAGGGAAUCCCUAUCGGUGUCACUGAAAAUAACCCGUUCUUCGCAACAAUAAUAGGAGAAACGCAAUGGUGGAACGAUUUAGUCUGGGGUGAUGAAAGUGUCAAGCGCUGGAUAUUGUUUAGGAACUGGGGCCCCUUGCUACCGCAUUUUGCAACUGAAGGAUGA